UGAAAAAAAAAAUUGUGCUAAUUAAUAUAUAGCCAAAGGAAAUAAAUAAAUUUGAUUUCAAUUAGAGUAUUGAAAAACUAGAAAAUAUGUAACAAACCUCUAAAAACAUUUAAAUAGCUGUAUUAGGUGUGAUAUGAAUUUUAUAUCGUCAAUUUUUUACUACAGAAAGAAAAACUCUACGCAAAUUUGUGCAAAUAAAUCUAUGUGGAAUUCAUAACUAAAAAAUAAAUUGAAAAAGAAAAUGGUGUGCAAAUGUUAAAAACAAAAAAUCUAAAAAAGGAAUUUUAAUAACCAAAAAAGAAAAACUUUUCAAAAUUUAAUCGUGAUUCACAUAUAUAAAUGAUAUGGAUAAAAUGGAUACUGACACCUCGGAUGUGAGACAGGCCCGGCAACGAGCCUCCGUCAAAUGGAUUUUAUCAAAAGCAUUCAAUAAUCGCGUACCAGAAAAUCAACGCGAACCAUUCUAUCGUGAUCAUGAAGGACAGGAUCACCUGAAGCCACAGAUCGUAGUAAGCUUGGGAAAUGCAUCAAUAUACUGCCAGACAUUAUCUAAUUUGUACUCGGAUCCAAACUACCAAAGUUUAAAUCACUGGUCAAUACUACAAACACUGACACGUAAAGGUGUUCCAAUAACUGAAAAUCCAGAUAUGCCGUUAACUGAGACUGUUUUAAUACAAACCAAUCCAUUACGAAUUAAUGCCCACAUGUCUGUGAUAGAAGCGCUUAUGAUAUUGUAUGCUAAAGAAGUAGCUAGUUGUGAACGUAUUUCAACAGCAAUAAAUAGAAUAACGGGGGGAUCAUUGCCAAAAGAAGUACAAAAUCAUGAGACUGCACUACUUUAUUGGCUUUCACAUGUAUGUGCGGCUUUGAAGCGACGCAUCGAUAAAGAAAUUGAAAAUGGUGCAACUAACGAGAACGGUGCGCGAUUACAAUCUCCAGACAUUUCACCUGUACGCGACUAUAUUGAUCUAUGCGAUGGCGUAUCUUUAGCCUAUUUAAUUUCAUAUUAUUGCCCAAAUAUUGUACCAUGGACAAGUGUGCGGUUGAAUUAUAUGCCAACGGUUGAAGAUUCCAUUUCCAAUAUUCUUUUAGUUAGUAAUUUUUCACAGAAACAUUUGCCAUAUUCUGUAUUUCAUAUGACACCACAAGAUGUAACAUAUAUGCGAGGAUCUAUGAAACAAAAUCUAGUUGUUCUUUUAGCUGAUUUAUUCAAUUUAUUUGAAAUCCAUCCAGCCAAAUGUGUUGCAUAUCCUGGUAUGGACCAGCAACCUUCAAAAUCGGAUAGCAACGACACGAUAAAUGAACACGGAAUUCAACAUCGACGGGGACUAAUGUGUCCAGUAAUUACGCCAAUACCAGACCUAAGGCGAGGUUUGGAUUCGCCCACUAAUUCAACCGCAAGCAACAAACCCCCAUUCCAAGUUGAUCGUUCCCUAUCUACAAGCGCUAUACGACGAGUGACACCACCCCGAGAAGAUUCGAACACAGUUAUUGAUGAUGGCUUUGUAGUACAUCGCGGGCGCACUGUACCAACAUUAGCAUCUAUGCAAGAGCCGCUGCCUAUAGCUCGAUUAAGGCAAUCCAAAGAGCGAACAGAAUCAAGAGCCGAAGAUCGAGGCGAUAGUAUCGCAGCUGGUCGUCCUAGUAAUUGGGAAGAGACUAGAAGACCAAGUUUUGCAGGACGACGAUCUCGUCGCAACUCGGUUAGUGAUGAUUCACAACUGACAAUAGAGAAUUUUGGAGGCUCACAAGACCAAUUGAAUAUGAUUGGUCGUGCAUUUGAAAAAGAUAAAUCUAUAACAAAUGUUGUGGUUGAACCAGCUGUACCAGUGCGAUCAUCAAUGGCUGAUGCUCGGGGCUCCAUACUAUUUGAUUACGAUGAUACAUCGAAUAAUGAAAAACAGGAUCAUGAAAAUGAAAAACAGCAACCAAUACCUAUGCGACGUAAAAGUCAAACUCAAGAUAUUAUUGAUGGAGAUGCUACAAUACAACAACAAACGGCUACAAUGGCUUCGGAUAACGGAACAAUACCAGUUCGAAAAACUUCAUUCGUACCGCUUCCAAAUAACACAACCACAUGGCAACAACAAUCUGUUAAUUAUCAGAAAACUGAUCACGAAGUCGAUGACGAUGGGUCGAAUGUGGGUGUAGAUGUGUAUAAGUUGUCAACCGUACGUAUGCAACUAGAAGAAAAACGCCGUCAAAUAGAACAAGAAAAGCGCAAAAUAGAGGUAGAUAUGCACAGACAACAGCAAAAAGUUGGAAAAGCAGCAUUCCUCCAGGCAAUAAAUAAGGACAAAAAUAAUACUCUCAGAAAUAAUAUUAAGGAAAAUAGUUUAGUGGACGAUGAAUGUCAAGCAGAUGAACUAUGUAUUUUGCAGGAUUCUACUGAUCUUAAUACAAUCGAAACAAAGUGGACAAAUGUUGGCUCGAAACCGACCCCAGAUGUAGAUCAAUUGAAUAUGGAGCACUAUCAAAAAAGUAUUGCUCAAAAGAAUUCGAGUCUCCAGGAUUUGAAUGAAGAUAUAAAUCGAUUGGCGAAUUUGCAGGUUCAAAUGCAGGCGCAACAAGUACAGGCUCAACAACUAAUGCAAGCACAACAAAUACAAAAUAUACUCUAUGGUUCCCAACAACACAUACCUGGUGCACAAGCCAAUCAUCGUAGUCCAAUGUCACAAUCAAAUUUCGGUUCGUCUCCUCAUAUCCCGCAACCACAUUCACCCCAGCAACCAAUCCCCUACCAUAAUGUACGUCCAUCAAGUCGAGAUUCACAUCAAUUUAUAAAUGAGCAAGGCCAAUAUAUAACAGCAAUGUCAAACAAUCAUCAUUCGUUUUCCUCGUACGUGGAUUGCGAAAAUGGAGGUGGUUCCAUGUACCAACACCAGCCAUCUCUUAAUCCAUAUCACACGUAUCGAGUUGACCAGUAUCAUAAUCCAUCAAUACAACGUAUUCCGCAAUCACAACCGAAUCAAUUUUACUUACAUGAAAAUACUCCCCCACAGCCGGCAGCGAGAAGAACUUGGACUCAACCAGCAACUCCUUUGAAUACCGAUAUACCUCAAAAUCAGCCGCAAGUGCUGCCAUUAGAUGUAAACGCUUGGUCACAAAAUGCACCAAAAAUUGACACACAUACGUGGAAAUCAUCGAGCCAUUCCAAUCUUAAAAAUCCUGGUUUUAUAUUACAUCAAAAUAAUACUGGAAUACAACAACAUCAAAACAUCGAUCAAUUCUGCUCCUCACCGAUUAGUUCAACGGAUUCAGAUUUAAGGGGAGCUGUAAUACAUCACAAAAUUAAUGGUAAUAAUGAACAUCGCGACAAUCGGGUUCCAAUUUCAUCGCCAUCAGUUGAUGAUAUGGCACCACAAAGUAUUUCAUUCAUCGGGGAAGAAGACUCGGUUGACUUGAUUAUGGAACACCCACCACCUCCAAGAACAAAAAUAUCAUCCGUUAGACCAAAUGUUAUUCAACAUGAACAGGACUUAGAUUUGGGGAAACUAAAUAUCUCCAGUGGAAAAUUAACGUAUCGCAUACCAUCACCGACUAGACCUUCAUUGAACAUGAACAGUUUUCAAAAGCCUAACGAAGAAAUCGACAACGAACAAAAAGGCUUUUAUAUAUCAUUCGAUAAUUCUCAACCGAAACGGCCAAAGCCCCCAUUACGCACAAAACGAUCACCGAAAAAAGAUCGCAGCUUAGAUUCAACAGAUAACCGAGAACAAAUUAGUCAACUGGAACAAGAAUUGAAAGUAGCACAUCCACAAGUGAAUAAAAGACAGAACAGUUUUUCGAGUUUCGAAAAUAAAGUUCGAAAUAUAUAUGAUCAAGCAUUUGAGAAAAGUGAAUCUAAUGGUCGUUCCAAUAUCGAUGCUGAGUCCAACGUGGUUCGAAAACAUGUGAGUGACAGUCAAAUGUUGUCUAUUUUAGAUCGACGACAUUUAGAAGAUGUAACGAAUCACCAGCAGGAACAAAUUUCAUCACCACAACAUCGAUCACGUGAAACAAAUAAAACUCUCCUUAUUGAUGAUGCUCUUACUAAACUGGAUCCGGAAUCGGUUGAUGAAAUGGAACGGAAAAAAGAAAAAAUUAUGUUGCUGUCAUUGCAACGACGUCAACAACAAGAAGAAGCAAAAGCACGUAAAGAAAUUGAAACUAUGCAACGACGUGAAAAAGAACGCGAAAAAGAGGAGGAACGCAUACGAAAACGUGAAGAGCAAGCUUCUCGUCGGGCUGCUAUUCUCGAACAACAUAAACUAAAAAAAGCAAUUGAAGAAGCAGAACAAAAAGGAAUCACUCUAGAUCGUAAUGAUCUUCAAUCGCUUAAACAGCAACAUGCAACGAUUAGUCAAACAUCAAGUGGUGCAGCAGCAAAAAUGCGUUCACAAAAGGUUGUUCGUCCAAGACCAAAGACAAUUCACGUUGAAACUGGCUCAGUUGAUUUAAGUGAAACAUCUAGCUUAUCCAGUCGCAACAAAAAGGGUUCGAGUUCGAAUUUAACAGGUCUUGGUCAAUUAAGUUCAAAUUCCAUGCGGAGAGAUUACUAUCGAGGGUCACAAGAUUCCUUGGCCAUACGAGAAUCCCCAGAUGAAUUUCAUAGUACUAGUUCAACGCCAAUUGGUCGCCGUGGGUCUUACAAAACAUCUAGAGGUUGGUGA